CCUCCCGACUGUCCCGUUUCGAGUUGGGUCCCGGAAGCCGGAGGCGGGCGGAGCCAAGUCAAUGAGGCCGGUGGUCCCGCUUCGGGAGCAGGGCGACGGCGGCGAGGAUGAGGGGAGACGUUUCGUGGUGCUUCGUGCUCGUGGCGGGGCUGCUCCCGGGGCUUUCAGGGCUGAGGCUUCUGCUCAGCGCCCCGCCGCUUUUCAACUGUUCCCAACCGGGUUUACGCUGUCUUGCACGAAACAGUAACUGUGUGGAUGACAACUGGCUCCUUCCUUGGAAAUGGACUCCUUCAGCCCCAAGUUCUGUUGACAUAUUUAUUGAUACAUUUUUUGCUGAAGAUGGGAAAUUGGUCCCUGUGCUGAAGAUAGAGUGGAAAGUGGCUACUGAUGCAAGCAUCAUAUACCUCAAAGGAGCGGAAUUGUCUGUACUACAAUUAAGCAAUAACCGCCAGAUUUGCGCUCAAUUUGACUUUCAAAAUAACUUGACGUUUCAAGUCCGUCCAGACAAUGGAGGCCGGUGGAAUUUCUCUUUCGAUCGUUUUGAGGUACAGCCAGGCCAAAAGUACCAAGUAACUGUCUAUCAUUUGCCCAAAUUAAGUACUCCGGGGGACUACAACAGGAUUUCAAAUCCAUUCACAGUACCAAAUUGCACACAUCCUAUCAUGAAAACAACCGAACCGUGUCUGCGAAUAGGGAGUUUGUGGGAACCCAGAAUUAAUGGAACAAGUCUAGAUGAUCAUUCUGUGUUGGUGAGCUUUGACCCCGCAGAGAUACCAGCCAUCUAUAUUAUCCAUGUAAUCAGUGUUCAGGAAGAUGGAAAGGAGUGCAAGAAGGCCAAGGAAAGCAUUUCAAAGGAGGGUCUGCAGCAACGCCUUAAUGUAACAGUCAAGCUGGAAAGGAACCUGAAGAUUUGUUGCAAAUACAAAGUGCAGAUCCAACCAUUCUUUCCUGCCUGUGGUACAGACUGUAUGAGGCAACUAUUUUUAAUCCCGUGUUCUUCUGAUGAUGCCUUAAUUCUUCCUGAUCAAUCCGGAGUGAAUGAUACAUUUUCAGUGGGGCUACCUUGGAUCCACACUAUCAUCUGCAUUUUGUUAAUUGGUUCAGCUAUUGGUUCCGCAAUCUGCAUUACUCGAAGACAAAAAGAAUUAAAUUCUGCAGCAAAAAACGGUGAUUAUGAACUCCAGGAUGUCACCCCUAUGUUGCAACCGCCUCCACCCCUCAAGCCACGUACAGUUUGGAUUGUGUAUUCUGCUGAUCACAAGCUCUAUGUAGACAUUGUGUUGAAGUUUGCUCAGUUCAUGAUCACCGUGUGUGGUACGGAGGUCAUCCUAGACCUGCUAGAUGAACACCAGAUAUCCGAGAUGGGAGCCGUGUGCUGGCUUACUCGGCAGAAACAGAAAAUGGAAGCGCUUUCUUCAAAGAUCAUCGUCUUGUGUUCCCGGGGUACUCGAGCCAAGUGGCAGGCUAUGCUUGGGCACAGGGAACCCAAUGUACACCUGAAGCAAGAUAAUAUGCUGCCAACAGGGGAUCUGUUCACUCCAGCACUGAAUCUGAUUUUACCAGACUUCAAGCAGCCUUCUUGCUUUGGACUGUAUUUAAUCUGCUACUUUGAGGGCAUAAGCCAUGAGAGUGACAUUCCAGACCCAUUCCACGUCACCUCCAAAUAUCAGCUGAUGGAUAAGUUUGAGGAAAUUUACUUCCUAAUCCAGGAUCUUGAAAAAUUUGAGCCGGGGCGAAUGCAUCAGAUUCCGGCCAUCUCACCUGAAAAAUACACUGAAAGCCCCUGUGGCAAACAGCUGAAGGAGGCCUUGCAGAAAUUCCAGACAUGGCAGGAUGAGCAUCCAGAUUGGUUCAAAAGCGAAUGUCUCUGUGAUGAGGAUGAAGAUGAUCUACAACCUCUGAUUGAGGAAUUCACUGAAGAAUUAAUAUUCCCCGGAAAAGGGAUUCUUAAGAAGCAACUGCUUCCAAAGGAACCUGACCCCAAUAGCUGUUGCUUAGUCAAUCCUCUGGUUAAUGAAGAUGACUUGGGAGCAUAUAAACUGACACCUCAGCAUCUGUCACGAGAAGAUCUAUCAUUCCAGACUCUGGUCACUCCUGCUGAGACACCUUCUGUUCAGGUGGUCAGGCCAGCUGCCCUCGCAGAAGAAAAUGAGAUACUCAGUCAUAAAGUGUUGACCAAUGAGGAUUGGCUAGAAAGUGUGCCUGUGAUAGAAGGUAGCGUCCCAAGAAGAAAUAAUGUCAUUCUUCAAGAGGAUUUAUCCUCAGAUCCCCAGGCCUUGCCAGAUGAGGUGAGGCAACAACUGGAGGGAUUGAUGUAUUCCCUCUAUCAACAAAGUGUCAUCGCCUCUGAUAUGCCCCUUUGCCAAGAAGAUGUUCAUGAGCAGCAACAGCAGUUGUUUGAUGAGGCUUCCAAAGUUCAGAGACAGUCGGUACAGUCAGACCAGGGUUAUAUCUCCAGAUGUUCUUCUUUGCCUUCUGACAGCCCCGUUGAACCGGAGGAAGAAGAGAACCAAGAACAGGAAGGAUGUUGGUCUGCUGGGCAUCUCACUGCAGAUGUCUUAAGUAGUCUCAAAAGUCUUCAGCAGCAGUUGCUUUUCCAGGAUAUCCAGAAAAACUCUAGCUAAGGUCCCUUGGGAGAAGGAAGGGAGAAUUGCUUCUCUUUUUCAAACAGCGAGACAACCCAUGACUGAUGAGGUCAUUCUUCAGUAUGUAAUAUAGACCCGCAUUGUUUCCCCUCCCCUUGUGACCUUUGAGAGCCCUGGUGAAGCACCUCCCUCCUCUUCCUCAGCUGAUUCACGAACUGCCUGUAACUUUACUAGAGGGAAGGAGAACAAAGAGAGGAAGGGGGCUCAACUAUCACUGGCACUUGCCCUUUCUGUUUCCAAAUAUAAUACAGGCUUGCACCUUUCCCUUCCGUUCACAAUCCUCAGAAGAACCCCUCCUCCUGCCCUCAGCUGACAUGUGGAACUGCCAGUCACUUUGUUGUGAAGAGGGAGAACUAUGGGAGCCAUGGACUACAAGGAAAACUGCAUCCUCCUCCUCAUUCUGGCAUGUCCCCAAAGGAUCCCUCUCCAGAGAGGAAGAAGGCUCAUCUCAACGAACCCUAUCUCUCACCAGCAGGCAUCCAAGUUACUCCCUCAUUCUUCCCUUACUAGCCACUAUCAUUAAGAGUUUUAAAAUGUUGACCAUGAUUUCAAAGCUGCCAGUGGUCACUUGUCUGUCAGGUCUUGCUACCAGCCAAUUGGGCAUAGGGGCUAGAGGAAGACUGGAAAUAGGGUAGGUAUGUGCCCUUCCCAUCUUUCCUUCUGCUAUGCAACCUAUAGUUUCCUGGAAAGUAUAGUCAGGAAAGUAUGGCAUUAAAACAUUGUCAAAUUUCAAUCCUACGGGAGUCAUGGCUCCCAGAUUUUGGAUGCACUCUGUAAAUUGGUCCAUUUAAAGUACGUUGAUUAACACUUGUUGCUCUAUGAUGCACCAUUUUACCCAAUUGAAAGCUGCCAAUUAUCAAACAGACGCAAGAGUUUUAGUAGUACUGUAUAUAAGUUUAAUGGCUGUUUGUUGGAUUGUGCAGCAUUCAACCUAAGCUAAAUAGCAGUGUGCUAUGGUGAUACAAACUGCCUCUUAAGAAUACAGGCAUAGCCAAAGAAGAUCAGGAGAAUUCGCCAAAUAUUCUGAAAGCUGCUCUGAAAGUAAGAAGUAUUAAAACAGAAAAAAAACAACUGUAGGUGACAUGAAAAAAAUGUCUAGUCCAGCACCAUUUUCUCCACUGUGGCUGAUAGCAGAAUAUCUGUGAAUUUAGUAGUUGUAAGGCAAAUCAGCAAGAAUUGCCAGUCUCUUUUUAUACAAGUAUUCACUUUUGUAGCUGUGGUCACAAUUUGUAGCAAUGAAUUUUGUCAGCCAGUUUUGCCUUAUACAGAGAAGUGUUUUCUGUCACCUCUGUUAUUUAAUUUUAUAGUAUUAUCUGCAUUUCUCUUUAUUACCAGCAAGGAAGAAAAGCUCUACUUACCUUAUGGCCUUGCCCCCUUCUCUCUUUUGUAUCCGAUGUCACUUUGCUUUUUUUCCUGAACUAUAGUAUCCGAAACACUUCGUCAGAAUUGGUAACUGAUCAGUUGGACAGCUUAUUUAUGCAAUUUCCUAUGCUAGGAUGCCUAUGUUGAGCUAAUAUGGCUAGAGUUGUUAACUGAAUUCAAGUCUAUUCAACUAUAGACUGAUAUCGGUUGCUUGAUUUUCAGGUCUUUUUAUAAAAUAAAUUCCCCCUUUUAUGAA